AUGUCCUCUCAGUCAGCCGGGACGCAAUUCCGACAAUCCCCCUACAUGGUCCUAGCUCUCAGUCUUUAUCUGUUUAUCGCCGUGGGAAGUUUUGGUGAAGUUUACUUGAACUGGUUGAAAAGCAAGCGUCUUGCUCGCUUGCCUAAGGACGGGUUCUUGCGCAUGACCCGAUACUGCCCAUGGUCGUUGAAGAGGGUGAUGUCCGCCUGGACAGAUGGCAUCAAAGGAUGGAGAACAUACUGA